UUUAAUUGUGUAUAUUUUAAAUCUAUGUUUUUUUUUUUUUUGUAUUUGUCUAGUUUUAUUUUGGACCGUUUAAGCUGUCUUUUAUUUUGCCACCGAUGACAUCAUUAGGUCUGCGCCGCGACGGUUGCUGUUUUUUUGACUGAAGAAAGAAAAGUUUCCAGGCACGCAGGUUUCCAAACAGCUGAGAUCUUGCUUGACACACUGCUGGAGAGAUGGAGUUGAUUAAAGUGGAGGUUGUGGACAUUAAUGAUCCUGAACCCUGCAGAGUGAAAGAUGAAGAUGAUACUGAGGAACAAAGAGGCCAGAUGGAAGUGAAAGAGGAAAAUCAAGAAUCGAGUGAUGCCAAGGAGAACCACUAUUUCGAGAAACCUGAAGAUUAUAUGGUUGGAGAAAAAUCUUUCAGUUCCUCGCUAUCUGAAAAUAAUUUCUCACAAACAACAGAAGGCAAAAAUUCUUUCUCCUGCCCUCAAUGUGAGAAGACGUUCACACAUAAAGGAAACCUUAGGGAUCACAUAAAAAUUCACAUUGGAGAGAAGCCUUACGCAUGCCAUCUGUGUGGGAAGAGUUUUAUUCACAAAGGACACCUUAAUGAUCACAUAAGAAUUCAUACUGGAGAGAAGCCUUACGUAUGCCGUCUGUGUGGAAAGAGCUUCACAUGUAAAGGAAGCCUUAAUGGUCACAUGAGAAUUCACACUGGAGAGCGGCCUUUCACGUGCCACCUGUGUGGAAAGAGUUUUACGUGUAAAGGCACUCUUACAUGUCAUGUGAGAGUUCACACUGGAGAGAAGCCAUUCACAUGUCCUCAGUGUGAUAGGAGUUUCUCACAUAAAGGAAGCCUCAAGUGUCACAUGAGAAUUCACAUCGAAGAGGGACCUUUCACAUGCCAACAGUGUGGAAAGAGUUUCACACAGAGAGAAUACCUUAAAAAUCAUAUACGAAUUCACACUGCAGGAAAGCCUUUCACAUGCCAUCUGUGUGGAAAAGGUUUAACAUGUAAAGGAAGCCUGAAGUGUCACAUGAGAAUUCACACUGGCGAGAAGCCUUUCACGUGCCUUCAGUGUGGAAAGUGUUUCACCAAUAAAGGAAACCUAAAGAUUCAUGCAAGAAUUCACACUGAAGAGAGCCCUUUAACUUGCCUUCAGUGUGGAAAGUGUUUCACACAUAAAGAAAACCUUAAGUGUCACAUGAGAGUUCACUCUGGAGAGAGGCCUUUCACGUGCCAUCAGUGUGGAAAGAGUUUCGCUCGUAAAGUAAUCCUUCAGAAUCACAUAAAAACACACUCUGGAGAAAAGCCUUACACAUGCCAUCAGUGUGGAAAGAGUUUCACCGAUAAAGGAUACAUAAAGCGUCACAUGAGAAGUCACACCGGAGAGAAGCCUUUCAUGUGCCCUCAGUGUGGAAAGAGUUUUACACACAAAGGAAACCUUAAAAUUCACAUAAGAGUUCACACCGGAGAGAAGCCUUCCAAGUGUCCUCAGUGUGGAAAGAGUUUCACACAUAAAGGACAGCUUAAAGAUCACAUGAGAAUUCACACCGGAGAGAAGCCUUACACAUGCCCUCAGUGUGGAAAGAGUUUCAAAUGUAAAGGACACCUUAAGACACACAUAAGAACUCACACCGGAGAGAAGCCCUUCACAUGCCAUGAGUGUGGGAAGAGCUUCACAGUUCAAAGAAGCCUACACAUGCACAUGAAAUAUCAUUCUGGAGAGAAAUUACAUGAGUGUUCUGAGUGUGGCAAGAGGUUUGCAGAGAGCAACACUUUCAAAACACAUUUGCUCAUUCACUCUGAAGAAAGACCAUUUAGUUGCGAUCAGUGUGGCAAAAAGUUUAUUUUGGCAGCGCGCUUAAAGGCACAUAUGAAACUUCAUACAGAUGAGAGACCCUAUUUAUGUUCUUUGUGUGGAGAGAGUUUUAAACUGCUCGGCAGUUUAAAAUCACACCAGAAAAUACAUGCCAGUGAGAAAUCUCAUGUGUGCCCUGAGUGUGGUAAAGCUUUUACCAGAGCAAGCUACUUGAAGCGGCACCAACGGACCCACACUGGAGAAACCCCAGACAAAAACAUUGUCCAGAGUAGUCAAAGAGAGCAAAAUUUGUCUUCGGUAAUUAGCAAAUAGUGUGAUAUUCAUAUAGAGCAAAAAGUAGAAUUUCUUCAAAAGGGGGAUUUUAUCUAAGAGGGUUAAAUUACCUAAUGGUGAUGUUUGUGCUAUUCCAACAAAGAAGGGAACUGAAGGAAAAUCCUAUUGGGCCUCAUGUAGACACAUGCAUUUUCUGUAAAGCUGCUUUGAAACUAUAUGUAUUGUGAAAAGCGCUAUACAAAUAAUUGUAAAUUGAAUUUAUCCAUCUUAACGUAGAAACGAGCGCAGAUCUUAGCACAGAAAUCAUCUCACGAGAGGGUUU